AUGAACAUAACGUGUAUUCUCAUAGAGGUAGACAAAAUAAGCUCUACCUCUAAAGACUAUGGUAUAUCUACAUGUAGUACUCUAUGCGUGCACGUGCUGUACGGUAUAGGAUGCUAUACGGUAUCAGCUAGCACGAUCGGCUUGUUAAGAUGGGGUUAUAUAGACAAGCGAGGUAUAAGUCGCCAAAACUGUCAAAGUUGCAACGAUUUUGAGCAGGAUCCAGAGUCUCCUCGUUGUGGGUACUGUGGCUGGCUACAUGUGGCUGAUUCAGAUUUUGGUUUUGUCUCUGGUUGCACUCAUCAAGGAAGUGCAAAUGCGUUGACAGCGUUGAGGUGUACAGAUGACUCACCAUGUUCCAUGGAUCAGGAAGUACGUCCCAAUGCAGGGCUUCAACUCACAGCAAUGUCGUCCAAAUUUGAUGACUCUGUGGUACUGGAUCUCUUCCAAGAUGAUUUCAUUCCACCUCCAUCUUUUGAUCUCUCAAUGUGUGAUGAUGAAUUCAAUAGUGCACUCCAUGGUUAUGCCCCAGAGAUUCUGUAUGAAGUUCUGCCACAGUUUGACCCCCUGGUUGCAUCAGAAGAGGAAUUUAACACUACCAUACAAUGUCUAGGUCCACAGGUAUAGAAGAUCCAUCCAUGGCUUGCAUCUACGCAACUGAGCAUUACACACGCUUUCUUCAUUCAUUCAUUCAUUCAUUCAUUCAUUGAUACAUGCAUAUCAACUCUCAUAAAAAUUUCAGAUUAAUAAUUCCUACAUGACACAAUAAAACCAGAAUAGAGUUGAUUUGUUUCUAUAAUCACAUUAGUAUGAAAAGGCGUAAAACAAUAUAGGCUUAUGUCUAUCCUAAUGGUGUUUAUUUCAAAUUUGUCGAAAAUGCAAUCCUUAUAUAUUACAUAAUUUUUUUAGCAAAUAAUUGAAUGUGGUUGCAGAUCAAAAAGGAAGGAAUUUUUAAGAUUAGUUGAUAGAAAUUUUAAUGGGAUUGUAAACUGCUCUGUCUAGGUUUUGUGUUCUGUACAUAUUGGCAGUUAUAGUUCACUGAACCACAAUAUUUAAAUGGAAAACAUCUUCUUUUUCCUCUCUUUGUUAUGUGCCUGUGAAAUCUUGCCUGACUUUUGUAGUGUGACAUUUUUUUCUGAAAAAACCUGAUCACUUUUAAACUUUCACAAAUGAAUGUAUUUACAUGCACAUAUUUUUUAUUUUGGAUUAAUUAGAAUAUUGAUGCUUAUUUCACAACCCAAGAUUUAUUGUUUUGUUGAAUUAAAUACGAUAUGCAUAAUUUGCAUAACUUAAUGAAUUUGUGUUUUACCAAAUAUUGACAUCAUUUAGAAGAUGCAAGUGCCAUAAUACAUAAAUACAUGUUUAUCUUUCAUACCUUUAUAUUAAAGUGUAUGCAUUUAUCACUUAUUUAAGAAAAAGAAUCUUCUAUUUUUCGGAAUAACAUUGUUUAUGAAUUUAAUUGAUAUUUGCGGGACAAAAAAAUCAUGUAUAAAUAAUGCAUUUGACUAAAUAUUGGUUAGGCCCUUUUUAUCUCCUAAGAGUCAACUGAAAGCCGUUCAUGCCAUGUGCCAUUACUGUUUAAUUUUUGGUAGAACUAAAAGCUAAUUAUCAUAUUCACUCACUCUAACUUGCUUGAUGAAGCCUCCCUAAUAUACAUUACUCAUUGCCAUUCAUCAACAUGCAUCACAAUAUUUAAUAAGCUAUGAUUGAUAAUGAUGGCUAACAGAGAUAUAUAGUUACUAUAAAUAACCUUUCAAACUGCUUCUCUGCAUGCUGGAAUUACCCUGGCCUGAGCUGAAAAAAAGUCUGCGAUUGUUGCCAACUUUGUAAUUCUGCCAUUUCCGUUGCUGCCUAGCAAGUUAAGCCUAUGUAUCAAGUUGAUAGUUUGCUGUCAGUAUUUGAUACGACCAGCCUGAUUAAGUAUAAUAUGCUUUGGAAUGUAAUGCCAUACAGAAAAAAGAGCAUUUAGAAGUGGGGUUGGAAAGAAACUAUUGCUUAAUAUUGCAUGAAAAUGUCUGCUGAUACUUACCUUUAAUGGCAAAGUUUUUGUUGUCUGCAAUAAAGAUUAAAGAUAGGAUUAGGAAUCAAAUCCUCUCAGUAUUUCAGUAAUUUGCAACAUCAUUUUGUCAUCACAUCUUUAUAUUUCUUGACAAUGUGAAAUCUCUGUUUUCAUUGCCUUGUCUAACAUAUAUUGCUCAAAAACAUUUACCAGAUGUUGUUCAGUAUGCCACAGUUUAACAUUCUUUUAUUCUUGGGUGUCACAUAUUUCAAAGCUUAUUCACAUAUGAAUGAUUUAAUUAUGAUGCAUUGAUAUUCACAUUAAUGUACAUUCUGAAACAGGGUGACAAAAAACCACAGGACAUAGGUACUCGAGAACCAUUGAACACAUUGCAUCUGCAUUUGGGAACAACACUUUCAAUCUAGAAAGCCAGAUCUUAUAAGUCACUCCAUUGUGAGAGGGAUACCAGUAGUCAGAUUCUUGAGUUUUAUGACCUUAAAUCUGUUUUGAUUUCUUGAUACUCAUUAAAUACUCAUUGAAUUAGCUAAAGGAAUUGUUAAGUUGGUUGGGUGUGGAGUUAUUCUAAAAAAAUAACAUCUUGUUCCUCCCCUACUUUCUUCAGCACAGCACAAUAUCCUGGGAAAUUUAGGUAUUUCUCACCCAAGAAAUACAGAGAAAAAGUUGUAAACGUUUCUGCAACUAGGGGAAAUUUCAUUAUAAGAAAAGGAGGUUAUAUAAAAUAAAAUCUAAUGUGGUUUGAUAACAGUAGACUAAUAACAACUACAUAAUUAAAAAUGACAAAACUCAAUGAGAUAAUGUGAGUCUGCAAAUUGAGAUGUUAUCUUUCUUUAAUGAUGUUGUGGUCAACACAACAAAGUAUGUUUCUUAUUAUUAUAAAUGCUUAUCUCAGACCUGCAUUAUUGAGGGUUAUUGGCUAUAUGGUAUGUGGUUUGUAAAGCCUGGCCUGGGAGUCAUUUCAUGGCAGACAGAUAAUCUGGGUGUGAAGUCACAUGCUCAUCUAGGAUUAAAUCCUGGGAUACAGCUUUCUAAAUCAAUAUCACUUACUGCACUCAAUCUCUUUGCUCAUCUUCUAUUUCAAAAAAAAAAUACAGCUCAAAUGCAUGUUUUGAAUUUAAUGAUAAUUUAAUUUAAGUAGAAUAGUGUGAUACUUCAUGAUUAAUAUUGAUGCACACUGUUUGACAGUGUAAUAUAACAUAUUUAUCAUUGCUGUACCAGUAGUUUGUUGGAUGUGAAUUAUAAUGCAAUGUUCAAUUGAAUUUUUUUUUUUAUAGGAAGAAUUUUUUUCUUGCAGUUUUAAUUUCACUCUAAAGUUACAAACUAUGACUUGAGGUUACAGCAAUAACUGAGCAGCAAGGCUGCAAGAUUUCGGUUAACCUAAUGAAACAUGAGGUGCAGAGUUCCCAUAGGAUUUGGACAGGGAUUAAUGCUUUUAAUUACUUCUUGUUUUUCUCCAUUUAUGGUUAAUUUAUAAACCCUGAAGGUAGUGGAGUCCUGUGUCUUGUUAUCAGUAUCGUGGUCGCUGACGGCCGAAACUGUCCACCAUUGAAUAUUUCACAGUGGUAGUCAAUGUAACAUCACAUUUGCCUGACUGGCAUUUAUUUCAAAGAAAAUUAUAAAACUGACUGGUUGAUGCCCCCUUUAAUGCCCAUGGCAAGUUGUAAGGCAAUUAUAAAUCCCUGGUGACAACCCUGAUCAAUUCAAAAUUUCAAAAUAGUUAUGUUAAAAAUUGUUUAAAAAAAAAUUAUGCAUUCAGGUGCAUGUAAGAUAAGAAUAUUGAGUUUCAACUUUAGCCAAAGGGAAUAAUCCACCCCCCCCUGAAUAUCUUCUAGUCAUGUCAGAAGUGUACUACAUAGUUUAAGUCAAUGUGAUUAAAAGCAACAUAACGCCCCACAAUUA